ACUUAUUGGUAGACAUUCUGGAGGCGACGCACAUGGCUCUACGUCAGGCCGCAUCGCUGCUACACAUGACGGGCCGCCACAGGACACAGGACGAGGAGAUGCUCCACCUGAUGCGGAGACACUCGUUGAUCCUGCUCAGCAUGCAGAGAUGCCGCCGUCGCCUCCUCCGCAUGCAGAUGUAUUGGAGGAGCGCCGAUAUGAGCCAUAUAGCGCAGCUGUAGAAGCUGCGCCACUACCGCCGGAUUCUAUUCCGGAUCAGCGAGCCCACGACCCGGCCAAGGUGAAGGAGGAUUGGGAUGCUUAUCAUGAUUUGCGACUUAUCGCACAGCAGAGGUAUGAACAAGCAAGGCGUAGAUGCCUCGAAUUGAAAGGUACCGAGCGACCUACUAGGCGCGGCCGCAGUAGUACCAAGCCACAGAACCUCGUCCCAGAUAUUCGUCGGAGGGCCGUGAUCCGAUGGGAGAACGGCGUGCCUGUCGGGCCAUUUGCUAACUCUUUUAACAAUUUCCUCGCCUCUUUAGCCAGGAGACAUGAUUUCUUCAACAUAUAUUUGACGUGGAAGUCGCAGCGGAUUGAUGCGCUGGUGGCUUGUUGGCGAUAUAUAUGUCGAUUUUUCUUUCUUGACGAUUACGCUCGUGCCUGGACUUACUGCUUCACGCAAAUCAAUCUAUCAUUCAAGAGGUGGCGGUUUGAGCUGAAGAAGAAAUAUUUUAUUCAAAGAACAGAAGAUUGGGAGCGUUACUGGCAUCUUGAUGAGCGCGUAGAUGGGGUAGAUUUUUUUGCACUUUGCGGCGCGCCGAUGGGGUUGAUUUUUUUGCACUUUGCGAUUAUUGGGACACGGCCGAAGUUCAGGUAUUAUUGA